AUGGGCGUAGCUUUCGGUCUCACAUUCUCCAUCGUCGGUGCCGCCUGGGGUAUUUUCAUCACGGGUUCGAGUCUGCUGGGCGCGGCCGUCAAGGCCCCACGCGUGCGAUCCAAGAACCUUGUGAGCAUCAUUUUCUGUGAAGCCACUGCAAUCUAUGGUGUCAUUAUUGCGAUCAUUCUACAGAGCAAGAUGAACCAGCCUGCACUGCGUAACGAGGGAGACGAACCGAUCAACGAGCAGGCGCUUUACUUUGCUGCGUACGCGGUGUUCGGCUCGGGCAUCGCCGUGGGCUUGACGAACCUUGCCAGCGGAGUGUCCGUCGGUAUUGCUGGCAGUAGCUGUGUGCUUGCCGAUGCUCAGAAUGCGGCACUUUAUGUGACGAUCUUAAUUGUGGAGAUUUUCGCUAGUGCAUUGGGAAUCUUCGGCGUCAUCGUCGGAAUUAUUCUGUCCAACAAUGCGGAAUUUCCUAAAUAA